UUAUUUUAUUUUUUUCUACGUGACUUUACCGAACGAACCAAGAAGAUGACACACGCAGCUUGCACGCUACCAACGACACUAGGACCCUCUCGAUGCUACAGAGACAUCAGCGCACCUGGUCGCGUGCUCACGCCACUUAAUAUGUUCAAUUCUCCCAUGUUUAGGUCGCCGGAUCGAUGCCCGCCUCCUCCACGGGGAAUAUUUUUUUAAAUAAAAUUUUAAAUGUAACGUCCAUCGUUAUUGUUGGGGACAUGUUCACAUUGGUGAAACAGCUUUAGAAGACGAUGACCUCUCGUCGCCCUCAAUUUUGAAUUAAGAUUUGCAGUUUACUAAACCCGCAUCUUAGUUGAUGUAAAAGUGCGGCGCGAGUUGCUCGCUGCGCUGAAGACUCCCGCCUCUGGGCGGCAGGCGGCGCUCGUGAGAACGCGAGAGGCGCCAGCUGAGAGCUGCACCCCGAGGAAGCGUCUUGGCGGCUUGUUGUUGUUGUCGCACUGAAACACGUUCAUUAGCUUCAGCGCAAUCGCUUCUCUGCUCGUGAAUGUAAAAACGGAGUUUCCUUUUUGAAAAAUGUUGUUUGCGUGGAGGAUGCGGGGAUCGAACCCGCGACCUCCCGCGCGCUGAACGAGCAGCGCCCCCAUCUCAGCUGCUGCCCCAGACACGAGGAGUGGAGCGAGAUUUCGGUAAAAUCACGUGGAAAGAAAAUAGAUUUGAUGAUAAAAAAAAAAUAUUAAACUCUUUAAUUCCUGCAGUAAUCAAGCUACCUGGGGUAGCUUUGUCUGUGUGUGGUGUGUAGUACAUAGACACUGCUGCUGCUACUCGCCAUGAACGGCACUUGCCCCUACAGCCUGCUAGAGGCUACCUGAGGGAGCUUUGUCUGUGCGUGGUGUGUGUAGUACAUAGACCUCCUCCUCAUGCACCUAGCCUGGCACAGCAGUACAACCCAUGGCACCUGCAGGGUCUGUCCCGUGACCUCCUCCUCAUGCACCUAGCCUGGCACAGCAGUACGACCCACGGCACCUGCAGGGUCUGUCCCGUGACCUGCUCCUCAUGCACCUAGCCUGACGUCACUACUCCCGAGGCGAGUGUGACAUGACGUCACUGCUCCCGAGGCGAGUGUGACAUGACGUCAUCACUCUACCCCUCAACACGUGUUAGCCACGUGCGCUGAACCUGCUUCGCAGCGUACAGGAGCCGAGGGCCAAUGACGAGCACACACCCGUGUGUCUCUCUCUCUCUCCGUGUCUCUCUCCGUGUCUCCCCGUGUCUCUCUCCGUGUCUCUCUCCGUGUCUCUCUCCGUGUCUCUCUCCGUGUCUCUCUCCGUGUCUCUCUCCGUGUCUCUCUCUCUCCGUGUCUCUCUCCGUGUCUCUCCCCGUGUCUCUCUCCGUGUCUCUCUCCGUGUCUCUUCCACCACCACCAGCACCACCACAGGGUUCUCCUUGGGAGAGGACAGAGCGAGGUCGCGCUCUGGGUUCACGAUGGCUGGCUGGAGGCAGCUUCAAGUCCAGCUGCUGCUGCUGAUGCUGAUGGACGUGAGCGGACGGCCUCACCCAUCACCAGCUCCUCCCAUCUCUGUGUGGAUCACGGCAGAAAUCGAGCGAAACCUUGUCGUUUUUAUCUGCACGGUGUCGAGAAAUCCGGAGGAUGCCGAGAUAGAGUUUAGCAACCCUCACGGGAAGACAUACUACUUCCAGAACCACCGAGCCUACGAUGACCCGCGUGUCUACAUUAUAAGAUGGAGCUACACCGCUGCGGACCUCCUCCUCUCCCAACCCACCCCGCGGGACCAGGGGCACUACAGCUGCUCCCUCUCCAGCCCAGACAGCCCCAGGGCCAGCGUCUGGCUCGCCGUCAGCGCUGCUCCACUCUCUGUGUGGGCCACGGGAGACACGGUGUCCAAGGGAGACACGGCCACGCUACGCUGCACCGUGUCAGACAAUCCGGACUCAGACUCAAUUCAGUGGAGCAACCCUCAAGGUCACACACUCUACUUCGAGAGCGUCAAGGCCCACACAGACCCGCGUGUCUCUCUGCUGCACUGGAGCUCCACCAGGAUGGACAUCACCAUCUCGCGCGUCACCUCGCGGGACCAGGGGCUCUACAGCUGCUCCCUCUUCAGCCUGGGGACCCCCACGGCGUACGCGUCACUCACCGUCAGAGCUGCUCCGCUCUCUGUGUGGGCCACGGGAGACACGGUGUCCGAGGGAGACACGGCCACGCUACGCUGCACGGUGUCAGACAAUCCGGACUCAGACCCAAUCCAGUGGAGCAACCCUCACGGUCACACACUCUACUUCGAGAGCGUCAAGGCCCUCAUGGACCCGCGUGUCUCUCUGCUGCACUGGAGCUCCACCCGGCUGGACGUCACCAUCUCGCGCGUCUCCACGCGGGACCAGGGGCUCUACAGCUGCUCCCUCUUCAGCCUGGGGACCCCCACUGCGUACGCGUCGCUCACCGUCAGAGGCAUCUAUGUAAUUACUGAGAGAAGGAGCGGAGAGAGUAUCCCGGAUUUGAAGAAUGUUACCGAAGAGAAAUACACGGGGAGACAGACACAGAAUUAGAGACACGGGGAGAGAGACAUGGGGAGAUAGAGACACGGGGAGAGAGACACACGGGGAGAGAGACACGGGGAGAGAGACACACGGGGAGAGAGACACGGGGAGUGUGGCCAUGAUGCCAGACAAAUAAAACAUCAGCAGCG